AUGACAAUACAGGGGGUUCAACUCGGGAACCCUACACGACCCGGUCUUAGCGGGGUUUCCUCGGUAGGGUCAACAAAAGUCCUGGCGGGUUCGGGGCGGGUGCGGGUUGUUCGUGAAAACUCGCCCCGGAGCGACCCGAUGCCAACUCUUAAGAACAAGAUACCAACAGCGAACGGCUGGAAUGGGACAAUUCUCGGGGCUAAGGAUACUGAUGCGCGACUACUUACAGCGCAGCAUUAUCUCUGGAAGGAGCUACUCGGGUUCUUGGUUCAUCCCGAUGUUGAUACUCGGGCUGCUGGCUACUGUAUUUGGCUGCACCAUUUUGCUCGUGGAAAACCACCGUCUAUUGAUCUUAACGGCUUCGAUAUCAGCCUGGACCAAGUUGGCCCUAAGCCAUGGUUACCCGCCAAUGUAUACAUGCACACCUGGAAUAUCCUUGAAGAUGUGCCAGGUAAGGAAUGUCUGAUUUGA